UGUGGCUGCCUGGGAACCCGAAGCUAAGGGGAGGCCGCGGAGGCCUGCGGGCUUCGAUCUGGUAAUGGAUUCAGAGUUAAUGCAUAGCAUAGUAGGAAGCUAUCUUAGACCACCAGAAAGAGUGUUUGUUCCAACAUGCCCUCAGAAUGAAUCACAUCAGAAUCACUUCCCUGUGAACAAACAAGGUACCUCUUCUAAAGUGCUUCAGAGCCCAAAUAGCCAAGCUCUUGUUUUGGCCUUAAGAACCCUUCAGGAAAAGAUUCAUCGUUUAGAGCUAGAGCGAACACAAGCUGAAGAUAACCUGAACAUUCUUUCGAGAGAGGCGGCACAAUACAAAAAGGCCUUGCAGAAUGAAACAAAUGAAAGAAAUCUGGCACACCAGGAGCUGAUUAAGCAGAAAAAAGAUAUAAGUAUACAGCUAAGCUCAGCACAAUCUCGUUGCACUCUUCUAGAAAAGCAACUGGAAUACACAAAGAGAAUGGUUCUCAAUGUAGAGCGAGAAAAGAAUAUGAUUCUAGAACAGCAGGCCCUACUUCAAAGGGAGAAAGAGCAGGAUCAGAUGAAGCUGCAUGCAAAACUUGAAAAGCUUGAUGUCUUAGAAAAAGAAUGUCUUAGACUUACAGCAACUCAGAAAACUGCUGAGGACAAAAUUAAACAGCUAGAGGAAAAACUUAAGGAGGAAGAACAUCAUCGAAAGCUAUUUCAAGACAAGGCUUCUGAGCUUCAGACCGGACUUGAAAUCAGUAAAAUUCUAAUGUCUUCAGUUUCUAAUCCAAAAAACUCCAAGGAAAAGAAGAAAUCAUCAAAAAAAGCUAAAUGUCUGAAGAGAGGAUCCCCUCACCCGACUUAUUCAAAGUUUGAAGCACUGCCUUUUGAGACUGAAAAGCCUGCCACCACAGGCAGUUCUGCAAAUGCAAGUGUGCACAGUCUGCUGCACACGAUGCAGCAGCGUAGGCCGCAGGUGCUGCAGAAACCUGAGGUCGCCGAGCAUGGUGGAUGUUUGUGCAGGCCUACUAGGAAAACGUCCUUGUGUAAAGCUUUUGCUUCUGACUCAGCAAAGUCUACUUCCAUGUGUGACAAUUUGUCUGAACUUUUGAUGGCAAUGCAAGAUGAGCUGGACCAAAUGUGUGUGGAGCACCAAGAACUACUGAGACAAAUGAAGGACACUGAAAGCCACUCAGUCUAUGGCGACAUAGAAUGUGAAUUAGAGCAUCUAGUCAAGAAAAUGGAAAUUAAAAAAGAACAAAUUUCCAAACUGAGGAAGCAUCAAAACAGUGUUCAUAAGCUGCAGCAAAAAGUUCAAAACUCAAAGAUGAGAACAGCUGCAGGCACUCAGCGAGAAGAAUACCACCAACCUAACAGAUCAAAGAACAUUAAAAACAGCCCCAGAAAAUGUGUGAAUGAAGCUAGCCCUUCUCAAAAAAGCAGCCACUCUCAUCCAGUACGAAUUCAUAAUGUUCAAGUGAAAUUGAGGAAAGAUGAUGUCGUAUGGGAACAGUAGCUCAGUAGCAAAGCUGUCACCUUAGAUGAACUGUGUCGGUGGGCUCUUGAACUGUCUAAAGUGGUUUUAACUUAAUAAUACCCUUGUGAACUUUUGAAUUGUUUCUAGCCUCUUAUAAGACACGAAGUUACAGUGCUUUAAAAGUAAUGCCUUAGUGAACUAGGAGGCCCAAAUAAUAAAUGAUUAGGUUUUUUUUUUUUUUUUGACGAAGACCCCUAACCUCAUCAUGUUAAAAAAAGUCCUCCUUGAAAAUGUCUUAAACUAGAAUCUAAGAAAUUAUCAUACAUUUUCAAAAUCUGUUAAAUUUGCGAUACAAUCUAUUCUGAGUUUUCGUUAGUAGGCUUAUAACUUUACAGAUCAGUGUGUUCAAGGCGAGGACUUUAGCCGCUAGGCCAUGCCACUGGACCCUACAAACCAAUGUGAAAUGUACAUUAAGGUCUUUGUCUUUAACUUUGCUGAUGCUUGCUUGAAAGCUGUGAAAUGUUUCUCUUAGAAAAAGGGAAACUCAAUAAUUCUUCAGUUUUGCUGAAGAUCCCUUUGACCCAGCUUUUAUACACUUACAAAUAAUUUUUUUAGGUGACAGUAACUCAGUUGCAGAAAUUUUCCUCUGUUAUUCUCAUUUUCUUUUACAGAUGUAAAUGUUCUUUAACAUCAGUGAUCUAUUUUAUUUUGCUGCUUUAUAAUUUUUGAUGACUUGUAAUUUUGGCAUUGUGUAUCACAUUCGUCAAUACAAAUUGAGAAUGUGAAUUUUUUAGGAUCCACCAAAGUGGCCUUUUUAAUAAUGAAAGUAUGUUGGGCAUUUGAUUACCUCAUCUAGCAAAAAAUCAGGACAGUGUGGUAUGUUUUUAUGUUUUGAAAUCAUCAAUGUCAUAGAUUUUCUUGUAUAUGCAUACUUUGUAAUAAAUUUACACAUGUUGGCCUGUC